AUGCGGGACAAUAUCAACCGUAUUGCAGAACGAGGUGAAAGGUUAGAUGCCCUACAGGACAAGACCGAGAAUUUGUCUGUGUCGGCACAAGGCUUCCGUCGUGGUGCCAACAAAGUGCGAAAGCAAAUGUGGUGGAAGGACAUGAAAAUGAGAAUCAUUCUCAUUAUCGUAGCACUCGUUUUAUUGCUGGCUAUCAUUAUACCAAUUGUUGUCAGUAACAAACACUAA